AUGAAUAUAACAAAUUCUCAGCAAAACGAUGUUAUUCAAUGUCCUUCCGUAAACAAUAAUCAAAUUUCUGAAAAAUCAAAAACUGAUACAGAUUUUCAUCGUAGCCCAACAAUAGAUUCGGACCAUUCUUCAGAUGACGAGGACGAACGUACUUUAGAAGGCAAAACAUACACCAAAGUAGGAGUUGAGAUUGACCGAGCAUCCGCUGGCAACUUGAAAAGAUCUAAAGAGGAAAUUUCACUGGAUACCGAAGAAGAGGAUUGUUUCGGCUAUACUACUAAUAAAAUAAAGAAACGCUACGGGGCGCUUGGCCGUGUGGAAUGCUAUACUAUCGAGCGCAGCGGAAAUUCUAAUUUAGGCUUGUCACUAGCUGGACAUCGAGAUAGAACAAAGUUGGCAUGCUUUAUUGCUGGAAUUAAUCCCAAAGGAUUAGUAUCCUCGUCAUCAUUUGAAGUUGGGGAUGAAAUACUCGAGGUUAAUGGUCUUGUACUACAAGGACGAUCUCAUCUGAAUGUACCGGUUAUAAUAAGAAACAUCGUGGGAUCGACUUUGAAGUUUAUUAUUCUAAGGAGCAAAGAGGCAGCUGACGUCCUUGCUGUUAAACCAGUCACACAAUUUCCAGUUCAAGCGGAUGAUGAGGAUGACAUAUUUUCUACAUUUAACAACGUCAGAAUGGUAUCGAUCAAGAAGGGCCCUGCGGGCUUAGGUAUAAUGAUUAUUGAAGGAAAACAUGCCGAAGCUGGACAAGGCAUCUUUGUAUCAGAUAUACAAGAAGGAUCGAUGGCAGACAAGGCAGGGCUGAAUAUAGGAGAGAUGAUAUUGGCCGUAAAUCGAGAUUCAUUACUUGGAUGCAGUUAUGAAACUGCGGCAUCACUGCUUAAAAAAGCUGAGGGAGUAGUUGCAUUAAAGAUAUGCAAUCCAAACAAAUCGAAAGAUUCAAAUGAAUCCAAAAACAAACUGGAUGAAAAUUCUUCAAAGACAGACAAAAACACAGUAAAAGAUGUUUGCGCAACACCGAAACCUCAAGCUUCACCUGCUAAAGAAAUUGUCGAUCCAUCAAAAGCUGAAAUAGUAGUAAACGAAAAUACAACUAUUGAAAUUAAUACUGAUAAAAAUUCGCUAGGUAUAACAACAGCAGGAGGAUGUGAUACAAAUACUACGGCAAUUGUGAUCAUUGACAUCAUACCAAAUUGUGCAGCACAUAAAGAUAAACGACUGCAGGUGUUCGAUCAAAUACUCGAUUUAAAUGGAACCAAAAUUACCACCGAUUUGACAGAACAAAUAAUACAAAAAAUGAUAAAACAACUAACUCAGAAGACACGCCUAACAGUAUAUAGACCAAACAGUGACGAGGCAGAAACUCUAGAAGUGGAUAUGUUACGAAAACCUGGAAAACAUUUAGGCAUUGGAUUUAGAGCAAAUCAUCCCAAAGGAAUCAUUAUUACUGAUAUGCUCCCAGCAGGAGUCGCCGAAAAUGACGGAAAGUUGAAAAGAGGUGACAUUGUAACUCGUUUAAACAACGAAUCCUUAGUCGAUAUGUCAUAUGAAGAUUGCAGUACAUUAUUUAAAACCUGCUAUGGUAAAAUAUCGUUGACGAUUGUUCGACCAAAUCCGAAAAAACGGUCGCUUUAACGGUUAAAUGCUGCCGUGUAGUAUAUUUUAUAACUAAAUAAAAUGCGCAUCGAUAUUAGAUUGAAUGUGUAACUUCUCAUCAUUGUAAUUAUGUCAU